AUGGGAGCUUCGGACGAGCAGCAGCAGCUCGUGCUGAACGAGGAGGGUCAAGCACUCAACUAUGGCGCUGUACCAUCGGAUGCACCACCCACCCCCACCAAGUCGGAAGACGCCGACCUCGAAGACGAGGUGCUGCGAGAUGGACCGCCUCCGCGUCUGCUGUCGCCUGACGUGCUAGCUCUGCUCAUGCAGUACGCCGGCAUCGGUUUCGUCAAUGGAGUGCUCCCUGCCGUCAUCUACCCCGUGCUCCAAGGUUACCUGAACGCUGAAGGAACCAUCGUCGUGUCGGCUACGGUGCUGGUGCAACUGCCAUGGUCGUACAAGAUGUUCCUGGGAAUCCUGAGCGACUGCUUCCCGAUCGCAGGCUUGCGUCGGCGUCCAUACAUGCUGCUGGGAUGGCUGCUGUGCUGCUGCAUGCUCUUCAUGAUCGCGAAUUUCCCUGAGGCCGCGCCGUACUACGGAGACCCCACCAUGCACUCCAUCAGCCCCGAUCAAUGGACGGAGGAGCAACGCCAAAGUAUCAACCCCAACGCGCCCGACGCUGCCGGCAAGUACGUGAUUCCGAUGAUGCUGGCUUCGUUCGGAUACUUGCUCGUGGAGGUGCCGGCCGAUGCUGUCGUGAUUGAGUAUGCUCAGCGUGAGCCGAUCAACACACGUGGGCGCAUUCAAUCGUGGAUCCACAGCGUUCGCAUGGGCUUCAACGCAGUAGGAGCGCUCGUCGUGGCAGUCGCGUUCAACGGCAUCGAGUAUGGCGGUUCCUUCGACUUCUCGCUCACUUUUCCCGAAAUGAUGUUCAUCUUGGGGUGCAUUUGCCUGCCUCUGGGUCCUGCUGCGUGGUUCCUCAUUUACGAGGACGAAGUGGUGCCGCCCAAGUUCAAGGAAUAUAUGGCGCGCUUCUGGGGGAUUUUGCAGAAGAGGGCGGUGUAUCAAGUGGCGGCGUACAAGUUCUUCUCGGGCGUGUUCAACAGCUUCAACAUCGUGUCCUCCAGCAACAUCAAGCUCUACUGGGUCCACGCGACGCCGUUCAACGCAAGUAUUAUGGCCAUUGUGGGGACGUUCCUGUACGCAGCGACGCUGGCUGUGAUGGCGCAGCGUGGACUGCACUGGAACUGGCACGUCGCCAUCGCAGCAACUGUGAUCUUCGGUGUCGUUACCGACGGAAUAAUGACAACUUUGGUGACAUGGGACGUCAUUCGUAGCCAGUGGUUCUGGCUUGGUGUGCCCGUGAUCGGAGACAUCCCUCACGCUAUGCGCUUCAUUGUCAACAACUAUGUCGUUGUGGAGCUUAUCGAGAGGGGAUCGGAAGGCGCGUUGUUCGGGCUGCUCACGACUGCCAACCACGUUUCGUCCCCCUUCGGUCGCACCAUCGCCAAGUUCAUCAACGCGCGCUUCCACGUCUGGAAGGACGACAUCCUUGCCGACACGUACGAGACGCGCCGAGACGUGACCAUCACGAUCUGGAUUUGUUACGGUAUGAAGAUGGUGUCGCUGAUGUUGCUGCCGCUGCUGCCGAAUCAACGAGCCGCCAUUCAAGCUCUCCGUCGCCAGGGAGGCGUGAGCAAGCGCAUGGGCAUGUGGAUGGUGGGGAUCUUGAUGUUUGCGCUCGCGUGGCUGACGAUGGUGAAUAUUCUGAGCAUGAACCCGGCAACAAAGUGCUGGGCGAUCACAGGAGGCUGCGCACCGAAGUCUCACCACUCUACUCUGUGGUAA